ACAUCGGGCAGAGGCACAUCGGGCAGGACUCCGGGCAGAGGCACAUCGGGCAGGACUCCGGGCAGAGGCACACCGGGCAGAGGGCACAUCAGGCAGGACUCCAGGCAGAGGCACAUCGGGGCAGGACUCCGGGCAGAGGCACAUCGGGCAGGAUUCCGGGCAGAGGCACAUCGGGCAGGAUUCCGGGCAGAGGCACAUCGGGCAGGACUCCGGGCAGAGGCACAUCGGAUUACCAGGCGAAGCAGCAGGCAGCGGGCCACCAGGCAUCAGUUCAUUUGGCUCGACAGCGGGCACCGCGUCAUCUGGCAAGGCAGUGGUCUCCGAGUCAACAGGCACGACAGUGGGCACCGGGUCAUCAGGUACCGGAUUGUCUGGCUCGACAGCGGGCAUCGGGUCAUCAGGCAUCAGGUCAUUUGGCUUGCCAGCGGGCACCGCGUCAUCUGGCAAGGCAGUGGGCACCGAGUC